CCGUCGCCCAUCACAAUAAAACCAUCAUACACUCCCAUGGUAUCAACAAUACUAUCAAAUACAUUGCACGCCAACAUGUCGGCUACUACAUGUCCAGUGGCCAAGGAAGCCGCCUCUCAACCCUACGAUCCAAAGGAUCCUGAAGGCUAUCUAAGAAGAUGCUCCGGGCACAACAAAAAGAAGGGAACCCGCUGCAGUGCCAUCAUCGGACGGAACUCUCAACAAGCAAAGGACUCACAUUCGACCUAUCUCCCAACAUGCCACACCCACAAGGACCAAAAGAAGUAUGCGGGGCGCUGCAAAUUCACCCAACCCGGGGGAGAAAAAUGUCGAGUGCUAUUCGAAUGGACACCGCCGCAAUUCGAACUUUGCGCAGAUCACCAAGGUCAAUCAGAUACUCCGUGCUAUCUCAUGUCGUUACCGCUCGAAUUGCGCCUGGAGAUCUUUCGAUACCUGUUGCCGAAACGAGCCAUCGGUUCUUCGACUUCACUGUUGCACGUUGCCGAGGAAGAGGAGGAGCCUCCGGGUUGGUUUUGCUUGUAUACGCCCAAUGCUUCCAACUCCCACUCCAUCUCGCGGCCGGGGAUGAUCCGCAAGUCUGGCCAAGUAUCUCCCAUUGAACGCUCGACCCUGGCAAGCGUGUUCCCGGCGCCCUUGUUGAAUGUGCUAGUGUUGAAUCGGCAGAUCUACACCGAAAUGAAGGAUCUCCUGUACAGCACUGUACCAUUCACCGUGGAUGUUCGAAAGGAUGGGACGUUCAUGUGUGGAAGACGGCUUCUGGAACCUAGGAGAGCCGACGGGUCGUCGCACUUUGUUGCAAACGAGGUAGACAACAUGAAAAACAAGUUCCUACAGACGUUUGAAUGGGCCAACGUCAAGAACUACAAUGUCGACAUACUGGUAGAGAAGUGGGAAGACACGCAAGUCAUGUCGCGAGCACCGGGAUUCUGGGACGAGGAGGUUGAGAUUUACGACAUUCGCGAUUACGUCGGAGUAGUUGUCUCCGGAAUUUUGGCUAAAUCAGAUAACCUUUGCAAACUCAACGUCCGCAUUGGUCUUUCCAAGUUCACUUGGAGCGAGGAAGAGCUCAUGAAGAACAUUAAAACUAUCGUGGGACCUUUCGAGCGUCUCCGCAACGUCAGACAGCCGCGGCUUAGAGGCAUAUACGACAGCACGCCACACACGAACUUCAUGAUCAGCUUGCCGUUGCCCGCGCAGGCAAGAGCGGCUCGAGCAGGGCCCGAACUCCAAGCAAAACUGCCCACACCGUUGUGUUCAGUACCUCAGCUGCCAGCUCAAGCGCCACUUCAAGCCUGCAUCCAGUCGUCGUUCACUGACUAUCGCUCUGAAUGGGAGGGUCGAAUCUCGUUAACAGCGCCUUCUUCCAUCAUCAGUAAACCUCCCAUCCGGAACAUGUUUACACAGUUUAAAGAAUUCUACGCCCAGCUCUGCUACAUCAUCCCAGCAGUAACGCACAAAACCGGCCGACUAGCAUUCCUCCACCGCGCGCGAGUAGCGCGGGAGCAAGAGGACGUCGAAGCCUUUCGACUUCUCCAGGCCGAGCUUAUCAACUACUGGUAUACUUACCAAGAAAACGAGCGCCAAAUAAAAGCCAAGCUCGAACAGAAACUGUGCAAAUUGCUGGAUGUGGACGUCUACCCACUCAAUAUCCCAGACACAGAUAACAACAUACCGAAAUCGACGUCGCAAUCCCCUUUAAUGCCAAACAUGGAGCCCCCACCACCAUCAAUCGCGUCAAGCCAACUUGGCGCUAUCCAACAGGCUCGCAAAAACUCCUACUCUCAACUCUCCUCCAGCUCAGACCCCAGUCCCUCACCUCCAGCAAUCCAACAAACCAUGGCUUUAAACCCGCAUCCACCACCCCGCCAGCACAUCCUAAGCCUCAACCACGAUGGGGAAAUGGAGCUCCGAUCCCGCCAACAGCUAAUGCAGCAUCUGCAGAUGCAGCAACAACAGGCGCAGCAGAUGCAGCAGCGACAACUGGGCUAUCAAUACAUCCAUCAACAAAUGAUGCUGGCUCAAGCUCAGUCGCAACAGAACGAACCGCGCCUGAGCCACUUGAGCCCAGUAACAGCUCCGCGACAAGCUACAACGCCUACCCACAUCUCUGCACCUAAUUCAAUCUUACACCAGAUGAAGCAGAAACCUGAUUCCGCUGUGAAAAGGGAAAACCAGUACAUCUCUCCCUCCACAACCCCAUCAUCAUCUGCCCAGCAAAGCCCAACAGCAACAUGUUUCCAACAGCAACAGCAACAACAGCAAAACCUUUUUCCAUCAACAACCAACUCAUCUCCGAACUCGGGACCAGGGUACUGGAAAGCCUGCGACGAUCGCAAUACCAGGGGGUCGUCAUAUACGAUGGGGUAUAAAGAGUGGUUGGAAUUCGUGCACGUCGACGAUGGUGCUUCAUCUGCCUCUUCUUCCUCCUCAUCAUCAUCGCCACCAUCGCAGACGAAGAGCUUAAAACGCGGUCUUCCUUCCCCGACGGAAGAAGAGUUCUUCCCCCACGCAGCUACUGCAAAUUUCCCUGACCCGAAGCAGAAAAGACAGUGUCGCCCCGGACAGGAACGCGAGGAUUAUGGACUCGGGCUAGGGCUUGGUUUGGGCACGACUGUUGUGAAGAUGGAAAAUGCGGAUGCGGAAACGGACAUGGAGUCGCACGUAAGGGUGAAGGUUGAAGUCGACGAACAUCAACAACAACAACCAGUGGAGUUUGAGAGAGGGAGGAAGACCUGGGUCGAUGACGGCAGGAGAGAAGUGAAUGACUGCGGGGAUGAGAUCUUGGUGUUGACCGAGGAACACGAUGUUUUCCGGCUUUGGGAGGGAGCUGAUGGGAAGGGAAAGGGGAGGGCCUGAGGUGCUUUAGAAAGAAAGAUGCCUUAUCCCCUCCGUUCUCGAUCUACCGAGUGUCGGUUUUCUUUUUCUAUCAUCUUUUAUGGACGGUAUUUGGGACAAAAUAUUAUGGAGUUUUGAAACCUGGGAUUGUGUGGGUGGUCAUCUUCUUCAAAAACAAAACUUUUUCUCUUUUUCCUUCACGGUAGUUCCUUGCAUCUCGAAUUUCAAAGGGAUAACGGCAAUAUGCGACACAGCAAUAACGCCUGCGAAAAACAAAAUCAUAUUAAAAAAACCACAAAUAUAUGUCAUCCAACAUAACUCCACAUAUCCCCAGGGUUACAUGAUUGCCUCAAAGCUUGCGGCACCAUCUCCUCGCCAAUAAACCCCGUCACCUACCUCUUCGCCACCAGCACCAUACACACGCACAAACUAAACCCCUCCCUUCUCCCCCCUCCCCUGCCCCCCAAAAAAAUUCACAUUAUACAAAUCCAGCCAGAAAUACACCUACACAAGGCAUUCACAUCAUCUACCAGCCCAUUCCUUCCCCCUCCGUCCUUUCCAUCCCAUCCUACGGACCAAAAACCACCAGCCCAAGAAAACUACGCCGUAAACGCCGCUGCAUAGCUCUCACAUGCACACCCACACCCACACAAAUUUUCCAUCCUCCAUUCCAUUCCAUCAAUCAUCCUUCUCAUCCAUCCUUCUACUGCCUCUCCAAUCAUUUCUACCUCACAACUCCCCUUUCCUUCCUUCGAUCCUACAUGGUGUAUGCGCAUACGCCGUAGGGUUAGAUUACAUCACAUCAGCUCAGGGUCAGCCUUGGGUGGUUUUAGACAUGGACGAUGGUUUGUUGAGGGUCACUGCACUGCGAUGCGGCGCUGUCUUCCUUUCGUUUUUUUUUUUUCGGAAUUUCCUUCUGAGAUGAGAAGAAGGGGAGUAAGAAAGAAAGUAAAGAGAGAAGAAGGAGGGUGUAUACUGUAUAGACUACUCCACACUAUGAUUGAG